AAAGUCAUCUGUCAUCCUUGUAAGCAGCAAAAAUCCGAACAGGCGUGAAGUAAUACACAGAACGGAACGUGAAAAUUGUUCAUUGUAUAUUACCCGUCUUUUCUAUUUAUACCAGCAAAAAGUUUAAAAACAUUUAUGCAGUCCGACGGGGAGGAAACUUUGCUGCAUUCAUGCUUCGGCUCGCUAAAGACCGCAGUCAUGGGUUGCUGUUACAGUAUUUGCCACAAGGAAACGGAUCCAGAGGAGAACAUAGUGAACGAGCGGACACAUCUCCUCGAGGUGGCGGAGCAGCAGCAGGAGAGCCCCUCGCCAGUCGCGUGCGCAGCUACUCCGCCGCGCAAGCCUGACGAGCAGAGCGCGCUCAACAGGAUCCUGCAUGAGACCGCCACUAACGUGAUAGAUGUGGGUGCGCUGGGGCCGUACGCGCUGGAGGCGAGUGCGUACAACGAGCGCGUGCGCACGUACACAGCGCGCGCGGCCGCCGCCCCGCCCCCGCCGCCGCGCGCGCCGCGCCUGCUGGCAGACCUGCCGCCCGCACUGCGCGCCGCCGCACUCGCCGCACCGCCGCCGCACGCGCUCGACAGGGACCUGAUAACGAAUGCUGUAAAGAAAGCAGCGGCCGCCAUAUCCGAGCUGAGGGUGGAACAUCACGAGGACCUGGUGGUGCCGUUCAGGGUGCCCUAGCAGCGGGUCUCCAUGUCGGAGGACGACCACUGACCAAGUUAGUGUAUGAACAUGAAUCCCCUCACAUAAAACUGACUUCAUCGGGGGAAUAUUAAAUCAGUGUAACCUUUUUUGUAAUGUUAUGUGUCGCGGAGGAAUAACAAGUGUACUAAGCUUAGUAAAUCAGAAUAUAUCUAGCAAAAAUACAGUGAAAGUUUAUAUUAAAAACGAAAAUUCUGUUGUGGAAACCAAAUAUCAAAUCAGUGUAAAAACCUUUUUUCUCUUGUUAUAUUUUGUCUUACGUGAAAGAGUUAAAAAAUAAAGGGAAUCUCCUAAAAUAAACUAAAUAUGUGGUACCCCUACUAUUAAUAACCUUUUUCUACCUAAAGAUUACUUUCAUACUCAGAACCCUUAAUCGUUCACUCUGGGUACUUAUGAAACGGGGAAUCCCCUAAUAAAUCGAAUUAUAAAUAUCCUCUAAUUUAUGUGCCGGUAACAUAUUUAUAGAGGAAUACGAGAAAAUUAUUAUUUCUAAUAAUAAAAGCUAUGUAACCGUAAGUUUUCACUGUCGAAAUACAUGUAAAAAGACAUAUCCAUCAUACGAAAAAUAUCUAUAGAUUCCUUUUAAAAAAAUCAAAAUUAAAAAACUUGUAUCUCAUACCAUUUGUUUCUGAGACCAGACUGAAUUUUUGAUAAAACAAAGAUAACAAUUUGGUCUCAGAAACCUACGGUUAGCAGAUGCAACCUUAUUUAUUCAUCGCAUGGGUCGAUAUUUUCCUCUUUACCUGACAUAAAUAAAUAAAUGUUUUUUACAAUUGCUACAGCAAUGAAAACUUACUUUAAAUGUUUGAAAUAUGCAGAUUUUCGUUUAAUUAUCAGUAGAUUUGUAUUUUAUA